CCGGACACACACAGUGAUUCACACAAUGUGAUAGUUGCAAGUUACCAAGAAAGAGCGAGUUGUUCUUACAAGAGAGACGUUGUAUAAUUUCCAGAUCGACAUGGAGAUGUUCAAUCGACUGAAAAGCACAGUUGGCGGAUUAAUUGGGAAUCCCGUUGUAGGUCAGUAUGACAUCACAGGCCUGAUUGCCACCGGUGGAUUAAAUUGCCUCUGGAAGAUCUAUCAUGGAGUCAAACGAUCAACAAAGCAGGAGGCAGCAGUCUUUGUAUUUGAGAAGAAGCUUUUAGAGCGUUUCCAUAAGAAGGAUCGUGAGUACGUCUUGGAGGUGUUGAGACGAGGGCCGACCCAGUUGACAAAGCUGAGACACCCAUGUCUCCUGACGAUACAAACCCCAAUGGAAGAAUCAAGAGAUAGCUUGGCCUUUGCUACGGAGCCAGUUUUUGCCAGUUUGGCCAAUGUAUUGGGUUGCCAUGACAACCUGAGUCCGAUACCUGACAUUCUGAAGGGUCAUGAGCUGUUCGAGGUGGAGAUCAAAUAUGGGCUGUUGCAGGUCACAGAAGGGCUGAAAUUCCUGCAUAAUGACGUUCAUAUGAUUCACGGUAAUCUAAAUCCAGAGAAUAUCAUACUCAACGCUAACGGAGCCUGGAAACUGGCUGGCUUUGAUUUCUGCAGUCAGUCAAUCACACCUCAGGAUCAAAUGGCGAGUUUCCCAAUGAAGGAAUGGAGCUCGGACCUCCCAGCGUCAGCCCAGCCGAAGUUAGAAUACCUUGCCCCUGAGUAUGUCUUAACGAUGAGCUGCGAUACUGCUAGUGACUUAUUCUCUCUAGGAAUGCUGAUGUAUGCUGUUAUGAAUCGAGGAAAGACCAUGUUCCAAUGUAAUGAAAACAUACAGACGUUCAAGCGAAACUGUGAGCAGCUCCGUACGGUUAACAUGUCACUACUCGGUAGUCUUAGUGAGGGUUUGAAGGAGUAUGUUAAGAUGUUACUCAGCUCUACCCCAACGGUCCGACCUGAUGCUGAUCAAAUAUCAAAGAUUCCCUUCUUUGAGGAUGUUGGUUCGAUGACCUUGCAGUACUUGGACUCCUUAUUUCAGCAAGAUAACCUCGCCAAGUCACAGUUCUUCAAAGGGCUUCCCAAAGUGCUGACAAAUCUCCCAAAGAGAGUUGUACAUCAGAGAGUUUUACCCUGCCUCAGUAAGGAGUUAGUCAAUCGAGACAUGGUGCCGUUUGUUCUUCCUAACAUCCUACACAUUGCAGACGCUUGCUCGGACCAGGAGUACGUCAAACUGGUCCUGCCUGAACUCAAGCCCGUCUUUAAAAUACAGGAGCCAGUGCAGGUGAUGUUAAUAUUUAUGCAGAGGAUGGACAUGUUGCUGACCAAAACACCUAAAGAUGACAUUAAGAAUCACGUAUUGCCGCUGGUGUAUAGGGCACUAGAAGCACCCUCACCACAAAUACAGGAGUUGUGUCUGACCAUUCUCCCCACGUUUGCAGGAAUGAUUGACCAGGCCUCUAUGAAGCACUCCAUCAUUCCACGCAUCAAGAAACUUUGUUUAGAGACAGACCGUCUAUCGUCACGUGUUGGAAGCCUGGUAUGUACUGGCAAACUGAUGGAAUACAUGGAUAAAUGGUUUGUCAUUGAUGAAGUGUUGCCAAUGGUGAUGGCAAUACCAUCCAGAGAACCCGCCGUCCUUAUGGGAAUAUUAGGUAUCAUCAAGUUAUCGAUUGGUCACAAGAAGCUUGGAAUAACUAAGGAUCUUGCAGCCAGCAAGCUUCUUCCGUUUCUAUUCCCCCUGAGCAUCGACAACAAUCUUAACCUCAACCAAUUUAAUGCCUUCAUGUCAGUAAUUAAAGAGUUGAUCCGCCAUGUUGAGAAUGAACAACGAGGGAAACUUGAACAACUCAACUCCAUGCAAGAAGAACAAAAGACAUCUGUGGAUUUUAACCAGAAGCUUCAGAGCCAAACCAAGUUAGAUGAAAACCCAUUUGCAGGUUUGGGCGUUAGUAAAACCAAUGGACAGGCAGACUCAAUGAUGGAUGAUAUGUUUAAGACAUUUGGCUUGAGUGAAUACAUCGGGGAUGGUGCAGACAAAGUGGAAGCUGUUAACCGUGGAACCGCUCCCAACAGCUCUAAACCGGAUAAAACCAGUUCAUCUACUUCACUAGCCUCAGGUUCAGCCACUAAGUACAAGCAGCAAUCUAAGGUCUCAUUGUCAAUGGAGGAGAAGCAGAGAAUACAAAAGGAACAGGAAUUCCAGCAGAGGGUGAAGAAUCAAAAGCCAAUAACACCUGUUGAGAAGACUAAGCAAGAGCCCAAACCACAGGCUAAGGACUUGUCCAGUAUGCUAAUGGAAUCCUCUCUAGGUACAAAGCCAAACUAUUCUUCAGCUGGGACAAACAGUGCAAUGGGAGUAGGCUUAAAUCAAGCCGCUAGUUCCUUUGGUAAUAGUAACAGUAUGGGUGGCCAGACAUGGGGCAUGGCCACACCAAUGGGAGGAGUGUCUGCAAUGCAGACUAGUCAAUCAACUUUAAGCGGAGCAGGAAGACCCGGGAUUGGAUUAGGAGCCGACCAAUCAACAUUCAAACAAAAACCAAACAUGGCCGCUUUUGAUAGUUUACUUGGACCAUCACAAUCACAGAAAUCGAAACAAAAGUUGAAUCAGAUGACUCCAAAACCUGCAGGAGGAACUCAAAGCAUGAUGGGAAAUCAGGGCAUGAUUGGAAAUCAAGGCAUUAUGGGAAAUCAGGGAAUGAUGGGCAAUCAGGGGAAGAUAGGAAACCAGGGCAUGAUGGGAAAUCAAAGCAUGAUGGGAAACCAGGGCAUGAUGGGAAAUCAAAGCAUGAUGGGAAACCAGGGCAUGAUGGGAAAUCAAAGCAUGAUGGGAAACCAAGGCAUGAUGGGAAACCAGGGCAUGAUGGGUAGACAGUCACCAGGAAGGAUGGGAAAUCCUCAAAGCUCGAUGGGUGGCCAGCAGCAAAGCAUGAUGGGAGGAUUUGAUCCGCUUUCGUCGGCUCAACCCUCAAAGCAACCAGCUAAGAAAUCUAACGACCUUCUAGGAUUCUUAGGAUGAGAUUUUUGUACAGGGAAAUCAAUUUCCAAGACGAUCACAACAAAAUUACUGCAGAAAGUCAAUGAGUGCGUUUUGGCAACGCCAACGAGAAACAUUGGUCAUCGGUUGAGCGUUCGCGUGUUCGGUUGAGCGCGGUGAUGAUGCUGUUCAGACUAACCGGUAACCGACUUGUGGACUCGGUUGGGCUUUGAUCGGGGUCGCCAAUUAAAUCGACUCAAUUUCUGAACUGUAUAAUGGCAGGGCUGAUUAAAUUGGCCCAUAUCUGUGUUGGCAGCAACACAUCGUUUUACCUUAAAAA